AUGACUCACUACUUCAGGACUCGCACCCUCAACAACAACAACAUCACCCUCAUCCCCCUGUCCAGCUUCAACCACAUGCCCAAGCUGCGGACACUGCGUCUGCACUCCAACAAUCUCCACUGUGACUGUCACCUGUCCUGGCUCUCUGAUUGGCUCAGAGCCAGGCGGGGCUUGGCUCCCUUCACCCAGUGCAUGGCCCCCGCCCACAUGAGGGGCCUCAAUGUCCCAGAUGUUCAGAAGAAGGAUUUUGUCUGCAACGGUCCAGCACAGACCGAGUUGAGGACUUGUGUUCCUCAGGCAGCCGUGUGUCCACCCAGCUGCAGCUGUAACAACAACAUUGUGGACUGUCGUCGUAAAAGCCUCACUGAAAUUCCAGCUAACCUCCCAGAGAGCAUCGUGGAGAUUCGCUUGGAGCAGAACUUGAUUAAAAGUGUCCCAGCAGGAGCCUUUGUGAUGUACAAGAAGCUCAAGAGGAUUGACUUGAGUAAGAACCAGAUUUCUGACAUUGCCGGCGAUGCUUUCAACGGCCUCCGCUCGCUCACCUCACUGGUGUUGUACGGCAACAAGAUCACAGAGCUGCCCAAGGGAUUGUUUGAUGGACUGGUUGCCUUGCAGCUACUGCUGCUGAAUGCCAACAAAAUCAACUGUUUGAGAGUCAACGCCUUCCAAGACCUGCAGAACCUCAACCUGCUGUCGCUGUACGACAACAAACUGCAAACAAUCAGUAAAGGACUGUUCGCCCCCCUGCGCUCCAUCAAGACUCUUCAUCUGGCCCAGAAUCCCUUUAUGUGUGACUGUCACUUGAAGUGGCUGGCAGACUACCUGUUUGACAACCCUAUUGAGACCAGUGGAGCGCGCUGCAGCCACCCCAGAAGGCUGGCUAACAAGCGCAUCAGCCAGGUUAAAGGCAAGAAGUUCAGGUGCACAGGUCAGGAGGACUAUCGCAGUCGUCUCAGUGGAGAGUGUUUCCAGGAUCUGGUGUGUCCAGAGAAAUGUCGCUGUGAAGGCACCGUGGUCGACUGCUCCAAUCUCAAACUGACCCGCGUACCUCCGCACAUCCCCGAUCACACCACAGACCUGCGGCUAAAUGACAAUGAGAUUGCCAUCCUGGAGGCUGCAGGGACGUUUAAGAAGCUGCCUAACUUGAAGAAGAUCAACCUGAGCAACAACAAGCUAAGGGACAUCCGUGACGGUGCGUUUGAUGGAGCAGGUGGAGUUUUGGAGCUGCUGCUGACAGGGAACAAGCUAACUGCACUGCAGGGACGCAUGUUCAAAGGCCUCAGUGGCCUGAAAACUCUUAUGCUGCGCAGCAACCAGAUCAGCUGCAUUGACAACAGUACAUUUACGGGUCUGAGCUCGGUGCGUCUGCUGUCGCUGUACGACAACAGGAUCUCCAGCAUCGCCCCAGGAGCCUUCUCCACCCUGCACUCGCUGUCCACCAUGUCAGUUGUGUGUUUAAUAUUCAUGUCCACGUCUCUCUCUCCCUCAUCCAGCACUCUCCAUGGCAACGACCUUUCAACAAUACCAGAAGGAGCUUUCAACCACCUCACCGCUCUGUCCCACCUUGCUCUUGGUGCCAACCCCCUGUACUGUAACUGUGACCUGCGCUGGCUCUCUCAGUGGGUCAAGGCUGGCUUCAAAGAGCCUGGCAUUGCUCGUUGUACUGGACCUCCUGACAUGACUGACAGGCUACUGCUCACCACACCACUCAACAGAUUUAUCUGCAAAGGUCCGGUAGAUAUCAGCCUGAUGUCGAAGUGCGCCCCCUGCCUGGCAGCACCCUGCCGAAACAAUGGUACCUGUGUCUCCGAUGCUACUGGAUCCUACCAGUGCACCUGUCCAUAUGGAUUCAAGGGUCAAAACUGUGAAAUGCCCAUCAAUGCCUGUGUUAGUUUCCCCUGCUCUAACGGAGGAACCUGCCACAUCCAGCUUCGCCACGAAGACCACUUCAGCUGUGUGUGUCCGCCAGGUUACGAGGGCCAACGUUGUGAGAUGAACCCGGACGACUGUGAAGACAACGACUGUGAGAACAACUCCACCUGCAUCGACGGAGUCAAUAACUACACCUGCGUCUGUCCACCCAACUACACAGGUGACCUGUGCGACGAGGUGGUCGACCCUUGUCUCCAUGGUUUCGACCCCUGUCAGCACGACUCAAAAUGCAUCCAUGUUGGCCGCACAUACAGGUGCGAGUGUUUACCGGGCUACGUGGGCCAACACUGCGAGCAGGACUAUAAUGACUGUCUGGAGAAUAAGUGUCAACAUGGAGCGGAGUGCGUCGAUGCUGUCAACGGCUAUACCUGCGUCUGUAAAGAGGGUUUCAGCGGGCUGUUCUGUGAGAACCCUCCACCAAUGAUCUUGCUGCAGACCAGCCCCUGCGACCAAUCGGAAUGCCAGAACGGCGCCCAGUGCCUGGUGGUUGCCGGGGAGCCCGUCUGCCGCUGCAUGCCCGGUUUCUACGGCAGCAAAUGUGACAAGAUGGCAACUGUUCACUUUCUGGGUCGGGAUGGAUAUGUGGAGCUACCAAGCGCAAAGCUCCGUCCCACUGCGCAUAUUUCAUUACAGGUGGCUACAGAUAAAGAUAACGGUAUUUUGUUGUAUAAAGAGGACACUGACCCCCUGGCACUGGAGCUGUACCAGGGACACAUACGACUCAUCUACGACAUCGCCACCUACCCACCUACCACUGUAUAUAGCGUGGAGUCGGUGAAUGACGGGCUUUUCCACACGGUUGAGCUGUUGAUUCAGAACCGUUCACUGAGCCUGGUGGUGGAUAACGGUGCCCCUAAGAGUCUGGGAAAGCUAGCACGCCAGCCCUCCGUCGACCACAACACCCAACUUUACAUAGGAGGAGUACCGUCUCAGGUGGUGGCCUCAGGUCUGCGACCCGGCCCUGAACGUUCCCCUCAGGCUUUUAAUGGAUGCAUCCAUAACGUCCGAAUCAACGGGGAGGCUCAAGACCUUAGUUACCGAGCCGCAGGAGGAGUGCGAACACAAGCGGUCGAGGGCAAGGGUGAAGGCAUUCUUGCAGGGUGCCAUUCCUGCAGUGUGUGCGCACAGGGUGCGUGCAGGGAGGGAGGAGAAACGGGGGUAACGUGUGAUUGUCCUCCAGGACGCAGCGGGGCCCUGUGUGACCAGACGACGGCACCGAACAUCUGUCAGGCCAGCAGAUGUGUUCAUGGUCUGUGUGUGCCGAAGGGUCAGUCCUACAGUUGCCAGUGCAGUGAAGGCCACCAGGGUCAGUACUGCGAUCGACGGCAGGAGCCUCCAGUCUGCAGGGUGCAGCGCUGUGGACACGGGGAGUGUCGUGUGUCCGAGGGAGGAGAGCCCGUCUGCCACUGUCAGCCGGGGUACACCGGGCCUAGCUGUGACACAGACCUCACAUGUCAAGGAGAGAUGGUGAGGGAGCUGCUGAAGCGCCACCACCCGAUGAAAACAUGCACGUCCACCAGCAAGAUUCCCCGCAUGGAUUGUCCCCGAUCCUGCCAGGCAGCAGCACCCCCGGGUGUCUGCUGUGGCGUCACCAAGAGCAGAAGAAGGAAGGCGGUUUUCCGCUGCACCGACGGCACCUCGUACUCCGAGGAGAUGGAAAGUGCUCUGGAGUGCGGCUGCUCCAAGUGCCCGUUGUAACAGCACCGUUUGUUCGUUUGUUCGUUUGAACACCCACCGCUGCCAUUUUGUGAAUUCUACUCGUCAACGAGGCUGUCGCUCUGAGAUUCUUCAACGUUGAUGAGCACCCACCAUCUUGUGAUUUUUAUUUUAUUUUUUACACAUUCAGUUUGACCGCCGCCAAUUUGCUGCCUAGAGAAACCACAAACGAAAACAAAAACGGGACAUGUGUGCGUGUUUUUUGACAGAGAGAAAAUAUAUUGUAAGAUAUAAGUGAGAAAAAACAUAGAACUUAUUUUUAUUAUGGAUUUUUUUUUCUAAAAGAUGAUAAAAGGACUGAUAAGUUGUGUGUUUUUUUUUAAUAUGUUGAUUAUAUAAUGUGUUACAUAGUAUGGAAAGUUAUUUUGUACCUUGUAAGGAGAAGAAAUACACAGCAAAAUAGAUUAACAUUCCUUUAAAAGUAUAUGAAUUUAUAUGUAUGUAUAAAUCUAUAUAAAUAUAUACCCCUAACCCAAUGAAUUCUAUAUUUUCAAAGUGUAUUUGCAUGAUGUUAAUGUGAGUGCUGAUAGCUUUGGACACUGAGAGAGGAGGGCCAAGAGAGAAGAGCUCCCUUGAUUCCACAGCAAGGAAAACGUGGCAGUCUGUUGUUGCCCUCCCUCUUGGAGAGAAAAAGAGAACUGUAUGUGCCUAGCUAACCUGCUUCACUAUAUAAUGGACAUCAUCCUCACAUGUGAGCUCAUUGAGAAAACCAUAAAAGACUCUUCCCACAGAGAUGAUUUAACACGCUGUUCUAAUGUUGUGUUAUUCGUUCGUUUGCUGUUGCACACAAGACUUGGAGCCACAUGACGUUUGACACGAAAAACCUGAAAGUUGUUUGCUCAUUCAUUCAAGAAUUAAACAUUAUAAGUGAGGAAUUCCCGUUUAAAUCAACAAGAGGAAAAUCAUACGAGAUCAUGAGCUGCUGCUGAGAUUUUGAAUUAUUUUUAGGUAGAAACAGGAAGCCAUUUUUUAUCAAACCACCCUUUUUUCUUUUUUAUAAAUAACAACUUAAUGCCGUGCUGAAAAUAAUUGUUUCUUUGACUCCUGUGGUUGAACGUUUCAAGUGUGCAUGACUGCUGCCCCUUCCACCCCCCCAGUGACCCUGAGGUACGUUUCUACAGGGGGAGACGUCAAACCGCAGGAGCAAAAACAACAUUGUCAGCUGGUUUAAAUUGCUCUUUAAAUCGCUGCUCAACAUGAGUUUGGUGCAGCGAAGCCACUUCGAAUAAAGCCACGAUGCCAAAGUCAAAUAUAUUUGCCUUAACAGAUAACUAUGUCAACAACAGUUGACAGAAAUCUUUGAUUCAUGCAACUUCAAGUUCCUCGGUGUGCUUAUUUUGAAGUUCAAAAAUGUUGCUGCAAUAUUGUCGAUGACUGCUUCUGAAUGUUUGAUCACUUUGGAUGGAUGAAGGCAUUCGUCUCCGUGACAACACAAUCAAAAUUCAACGGUGGCCUUUCUUAGCUCCCGAAUAAAUGAUGCUUUCAUCAAAUAAUAUCCAUCUCUCCUGACCGGGUUGUGUGUGCAGGCCCUAUGAAAUGUGUAGAAAUUGGGUCAAAAGAACAAGAAGCCUUAAUCCUGCCACUGUCCUUUUACUAUGAAUGAUUUGUUGAUAUUAAUGUGAAGGUGCAGCAUCAACAAGAACCUAUUUUUUUUAUUUUUCCUCUUACAGUGUUAAUGUGUGAUGCAUUCAAUGUGUUAUAUGAUAACAUUAUAUAAUGCAGGUCUGAUUGUUUGAACAUUGUUUGUUCUUGCAUACAAGAAAAACAUGUAUUUCCAUUGAGCGGGUACUUUAAAAAUGUUUAAGGUGAAGCUUUUGGAUCAUUUGUUCAUGUUUAAAUGUCCACAUUGACAGUGUGAGAUGGAGUUAAAAAAAAAAAGUGGAAGUGAAGUUAUUGACCAAAAACCUGUGAGCUCCAGUCCGAUAACAGCAAACCUUCACAUUAUCGACUAAGUUGCCUGCGACGUCAAAGUGGUUUUGGACCGAGGUGCCGCACAGCUGAACAAAAUGUCAACAUCAGUGCGGUUUUUAACUGUCUAUAGAUGACUAACAUGAUUAAAAGUAUAGCAAAGACCAUAAUGUAAUUACUACUGUAUUGUUUACUUCAUACAUUGUUGCUUUGUUUACAACAGGUGCAAAGUAUUGUCACACUUUUACAGUUAAUUCACAGCUUUAAUAUUCUGGGUUUUGAGACAUAUCAGUAUUAUCUUCGUCUGUCACAGUUUUCCGCAUGUUCUGUUCCUUCUUCCUGAUACUUCUUCACACCUUUCUGAUUUUCUCUGCCUCUUUUCCCCCGUGUCUUUGUUCAAGUCGUCUCCAGACAUUUUCACCACCAUUUCUCAUUCUUUGAUACCCAUUCUUGUUUUCACAACAAGUUCAGCUUCUAUCUUUUUCCCAUUUCUCCUUUCUCUAUUCAUCCCCUCAUUUUCUGAUCAUAAAGGUUUUUAAAGUUCUUCAUUGUGAACAGAAUCAGACACAUUAGUUAUUAGUUAUUGACAAUAACAAUAACCUUAAAGUCAUUUCCAUUUUCCAGGUCUUAGGUUUAAAAUAAAUAAAUAAUGAAUAUGUGAGUGAUGAUAAUUGAUAAUUAUGUUGAAUGUUCAAAUUAAACUACCAUUGAAACUAUA